AUGGGCAAGAUCCAAAUGAAUAGUCUCCUUCGACUUCUUCAGGCCUUUGGGGAAGCGUGUAAGGACAAUAGCUUCGCUGUACAUCGUGAGACCCUGCUUCAUCCCGGCAUAUCACUACAUGACCGGGUGGAGAAUGUUCUGCGGGCGUCACAACUUGUUGAGACGGGUCGGGCACAAGAAUCACAGAAAGCAGUGGCGGAUUUGGAAUGUGGCAAUGGCCCCGACAUCGUUGUCUCUGUGAUGUAUUUCAUGUUUAACUGCGUGAAGGGCAUUCUAGACCCAGAGAAUCAAGGCAACAAACAUGUGCGUCAUGAUUCGCACAUGUGGACUGAUGAGCAAGAGGGAGAAGUGAUACGUCGUCUGGCUUGGUUUCUGGACGAGAAAGAGCGAUUGUGGAUCAACGAGUACAUCGCAUGGAAACAGGGUGUCUAG